UGGACAACUGUGCGCGUAUACGAAGUCCUAAUCAUCUGCUCUCCUCCUCUCCGCUGUGGUCUCCAUUUUUCUGUGUUGCCUUCAUUUUCCGAUCUACUCGAUUUUCUCAGUUGCUUCUCUUGUCAGGUGAGUGCUAAAAUUUGUUAUUCACAGUUCAAUUUGGCAAUUGUUGGGGUCCUUCGUUGGGUUGACUCCGUUUUUGCGGCUGUCUGUAUAGUUACUUCUUUUACAAUUACUGCAAUUUCUAGAGUCUUAUAUGCUUAAGGGGGUUCUACUAGGUUUUUUGGGGGUUCCUUUGGCUUCUCCUUCUUCGUUGUUUAUUCUUAUGGGGGUUCUUCUUCUUCGUUGUUUUAAUAAGAAAAUUGGGGGUUCUGCUAGGUUUUCGCUGCUUACCAAGGGCUAUUUUGGUCUUCUUAAAUUUUUUACUGAAAACUAACACACGUGGAGCAACUUGACGGGUGGUGCGAUAUCAGAACUCCCUUUCUUUCUCCUCUUUUGACCUCAAGUUUACCGAUUUUGCUGCUACUUCCGACAUCACCUGUUAAUCGGAGCUCUUUAUACUUAUUUGGUAAUUAUUUGGGUCCUGCUUUGGUUUGAUUUUGUUUUCCUUAUUGUCCUCUGAAUACCUCUUUUAUGAUUUCUGUAAUUUGUUGUUUUUAUGGGAGUGUUGUUCUAUUCAGUUUGUUUUUCCCGCAUCAGUGUAUAUGGGGGUGAUCACAUAGAAAAGGAAAAACCAAGCUGUCUUGAUUCCUUCUCUUUUUUCUGGUUGGAAAAAGGAACAUAGGAGGUGUGAGAAAAAGGGAGCUUUUGGACGUUCAAUUCAAUUAUUUCUAGGGUAAAACAAUAAGUUAGAUUUUAGGCACAGCCGUGAAAUCACCUAAUAUGAUUUUCCUAAAAACUGCACCAUUCAGACCGAAUUUGAGGUACACUAUCAAGUCAGUACUGAAUUUUUAUCAGUAUUCGAUCAUGAUUUGGCAUUAUUUAAGCUCUUUAUUGAUUUAGUAGCGAUAUUCUGAUAUUUCCGAGACCAUCCAUUAAUCGAAGUUCUCCACACCUUCCCGUUCUGUUAAAGUAGAACUAAUCCAAAAGUAACUAGAACUGGUCUGACAGAUGGAGAAAACCUUUUAUUUUGGAUUACAAAUUCUUGUCCAAGCUGGAUAGGGCCUAUACGAAUGUUCUCAAAAGCAAAUUCAUUAUUCUCUUUGCCCUUUUCCCGUACCUAGCUAGGAAAUAAUGGUGAAUUGGUCAGAACUUUCAUUCGAUAUACUUGUUACAAUAGUGAAGCGUGUUACAGUGUUCGAUGAUUUCAUUGCAUUUGGUGUUGUUUGUAAAUCAUGGCUAAGUGCUGCUAUCACUACUGAAUUCUUUGUUUUGAUUGUCAUCUUGUUUACCUAGAAUAACAAGUAAGUACAUACUUUGAAUUGUAAAUCUCUCUGUCUGCUUAUAUAAUAUUUUACAUGUAGAAGUCGUUGUUACUGCAGAUUUGAUGUUAAACUUCUAUAGAUUGCUCGAAUUGCAGAUACCGAUAAAAAUAUAUUUACUGGUUUUUCAGGUUUCAGUUUUUAGCUUCGUUGUGUUUAUCUUUCCAGUUUGCUUCUAUUACUUUUUUCUUCUUUAUUUGUGUGCUGCAUAAUUUUGCACAUUAGCUACUCAAGAUUAUUUCUGGUGAAUUUAUCUGAGAGAAUUCUAAAAAUCGAUUCUAAUUACCUCUUUCAUGUUACGGUAUGUAACUGUUGAUUAGUAUUAACUGUCCCAUUUUCCCUAUUGUUUCCUCAUGUUCCAACUGUCUCUUGUUACAAAUUUAUUAUAUAUAUUUUUUCUCAUUGGUUAUCCAGUUUCAGAUUCAAUCUGAUAUGUUCUGAUUUGCAUAGGUCUUAAUAUAAUUGAGUUGUGUGGAUAAAAAAUGUUGUGGAUUGGUGUUGUCCUGUACUAGGAUCAGGUUUUUACCUCUGUUCCCUUCAAGACCUAUUUGGCGAAAUUCCCCUGUGAAAAGUUGACCUGUAUGUGUUUGGAGCAUUUGGAAUGAAAGAAACAACAGGUGUUUCGAUGGAGUAUCAACUUCUCCUCACAAACUCAAGGCCAGAUGCUUCAUGUAUUUGUAUAACUGGGCUUAUCUUUCCCCUAUUGACUCCACUUAUAGUUUUUUGAAUUUUGUUAGCUCCCUAGUACUAGUAUAAACAUUUGUAAGGAGCUAACAAUUGCUAUGUUCUUUUGUAAUUUAUGCAUCUUCUUGAUUCCGUUAAUGAAACCAAUUACUUCAUCAAAAAAAAAGAAGGUAGACCUGUAUGUGAUGAAGAUAAAUGGGCUUCAAGAGACAGGAGGCAAUUUUUUUUAAACGAUCAUUGCUAGGUUAAAGCAGUUGAGUUGUUUGCUCAGCCCCUCAUUGAUGUGACCCUAUGUAUGAUAAGUCCCAAUUCUCUAUACCAUUGUUGCUUAGUUUCUGGAUUUUUAUUAAUUUGUAUAUUAAAGAUUAGAAUGAUUGUUUAGUUUAUGCAGCUCAUUAUUUGUUUUCUUCUUUCUUUAUCUUCUUUGCGGACUCUUUGGUUUUUCUGCUUUCAUUAUUUCUUCUAGGAUUAUUGCUGCUCGGGAUUCCUACUUUGAUCUCUUUGCUCUACACCUUUAUUUUUGAGCUGCUACUUUGUAUAUCGUUGAAGAACUUGGGGAAUCAAAAAGGGAAAGAAGGAAAACUAUAUGUUGAGAAUGAAUUCUAGCCCAACGACUGAACCUGCAAAAAGUACUUUUCAUUGUGUUUGUGGUUAACAUAGAGAGGAUUUUAUAUUUUAUAUGUGAUAUAUGCCAACUCCAGUAGAACUUGGAGAGGAUUUUUCUCUUUACAAAUGCAACCUAGCUUCAUUCAUUGUACAUCUCAGGUAUGAUGCAAAGUUAAACGUAUGUUCGAACUGCAGCUAGACAAGAUACUUGUGCAAUUGAUUAUUCAGUGUUACUUUUACUACUCAGAUUACAGCUUUGACGAGUGAUUUUUUAUUGAGACACAUUUAGAUUAACUCAAUCUAGAAUUCAAGCUCUAGCUGAUUAUCUGUACUUAAAGGGUAAAAACUUGGUGUGUGCUAUGACAAAUCCCUAUUACUUGGUCUGCUUAUCUUUCAGCUACGCCAAAAUUGGAUGGAGUACAUGUUCUCGUACUUAAAAGAAAAAGACUUGAUGCAAUGAGAUGAGUAUUUCUGUAAUUAUAAGAAACCAGAAAGGGUUUUUUUGAAUUGACCCUUCUCUCCCCUACUUAACAUUUGGUAGUCUUCUACAGAAAGAACACUGCAGUCUUUGCGACAAGAAAAGGUUUGGAAGGAAUACCUGCUUCCCCCGACGUAAGUGGUGUACUCGAGAACGAUAAUUGAUUUUUUCAGUAGCAUUAUAGUCUCCUUCAGUGGCUGGAACAGCGUUCACGCCUGUUUCGGAUUGAAUUUAGGAUUGGCGAUUUUGACAGGGCUUCUGGAUAAUGGCUUUGAGGCGUAUGCUCGGGUAUUCAGAUGGAGAGUUAAUGAGAUCAGAUGCAAAACCCUGCUCAAGGCUUAUGAGACAAACAGCUGGCAUUUUUUCCGUUGGAGGAGCAUUAGGAUUUUGGGUUCUUUGCCGAUUGCACUAUGGUCCUAGAAUCACAGUUCCUAGAAGUCUUAGAUGGGCAACUUGUGGAGCUAUUUCUAUGAGCUCAAGCACAGCUUUGCUAGUUCGUCUAUUUAGUCCUGAAUGUGAACCACAAAACAUAGCUGCCUACGACAAGAAGGGAUGAUGUUACUUUUCUUCCGAAAUCAGUCUGUAAAACUGAAGAAUGAUGUCCUAUUUAAUUCGUGUGUAACUUUUUAAGGAUUCCCUUUCCACAAGCAUCACAGAUACGGCUGCCCGUGUUAGCCAGGGAGAAAAACCAGCAUUUAAAUGCUAAAGUAUUUUCUCACAGAGGGCCUAUCUUGUUCGCUACUAACUGUUAUAUCAAUUUUUGUUAUGUUAAAAUGCUACAAGCACUCGUGAAGUGCUGCCUAAUCUGUGUAAGUUAUCUCCUUCUGACAGCCAAUUCUAUGUCAUAUUCUACAAAGCAGAAAUACCUAUUUGUGUGAAUGAUUUAUUCUU